AAUGCUACGAUCCCCACUCUCCCUUUACUCUCUCUCUCUCAUCCCGAAUGCUUUUUCUGUUAUUGUUUGUCAGCUGUCUGACUUUGCAAUUGCCCGUUAGUUGCUUUUACUUGUGCUCCACUCUCUCUGUGUUUGUUUCUCAUUUUCUCUCUUGCUUGGAGCUUUGGCUGCGCGAGUGGCUUGCUUACGGUUUUGCUUUGGUCGCCACUUUUCAGUUACAAUUCGAGCUUUUUGGCUCGAGCAACAAGUUUGCCGGGCUCUUUGCUGAAUUCUCGUGCCUAUAACGCCGUGGUCCCCAACGUUUACCCAUUUAUUUGGUCGCGUUUCGCCUGGAUGCAUCUGUAUUGGUAUUUGCAACAGAUUCGCAUGCAAUUUGUUUUGUGCAACUCGGAAAAUUAUGAAAAUUUAAUCAACCACUAAACAAGAUACACAAACAUCCAACUGCAGCCUACCUGCAGAAAUAAAUGUAAUAUUUUGCGGGCCGCAAAAAUUCUCUGUCUGACCCGCUUUAAUCGUGUUCACAUUUGUUUUUUUUUUCUUUCAUGUUUCUAAUUUGCCCAAAAACUGCCAAAUGACCUUCGAGUUUGUUGUUAGUUGUUGUUGUCUCUUUUUUGUACAUUUUCGGUGCGUGUAAUUCGGUCGACAGAGACGCCAGCGUCAACUACAUUCAGUGUAUAAACCGAAAAAGCUAAAAAAAAAAAAAAAAUCAAAAUAAUUAACCCACAGUCAUCAAGAUUUAAUGAUCGAAAUAGUGUUAUAUAAUUUGUAAAACAAGCAAAGAAAAACCGCAGAUUUUCAGACGACUCUUUGGGUUAAUUAAGUUAAGUGAUUAGAUCACAAGUCCGCUAUGGAAAUGAGAAUGAAUUGAAAAAAAGUGAAGAAUAAUUUCUGAACAAAAGUCUUAUACUUGUCAAUAGACUCCUUGCCAAGCAGCCACGGUGGCGUAUACGUAAUUUAUCUGUAGUUGAGUUUUUAUGAUAUUCCCCUGGCGCUUAUCAACACUCUGAUAUGUUGAAGCAGACCAAAAAUAAACAAUAAAGAUAAACAGUCACAUUGAGGCACAAAAUUUUAAAUUUUACGCUUCACAGUGCCCGAAAUAAUUGUCAAUUGCAAUUUAAUUGGAAAUAAAAAUAUUUGUAAAUAUAAAACAAUAAUAAAUGAGGCAAAAUUUUUGCACCUGAUAAGGGGUACUCACGUAAACCCUACAACAACAAAUAACAGCUACAAAAUUAAUGCUAGUUAAGCCAAUAAAAAAAAAAAAAAACAAAAACAGUAAAGAGGGAAAAGUUGAUAAGCAAAAGAAGAAGGGGAAACGCAAAUUUGUGAGCACCGAAGGUGAUAAAAAUAAAGGCAAUUAAAGUGCUGAGAUAGAUGGGGAAGGUGGAAACUGAAAAAAGUGUGCUAAAAAGAACAUUUUCUAGGCAAUUAAAAAUUGAGAAAAAUAUUAAAUAAACUUUGAUCAUCUGACCACCAAAACCAACUACAAAGAGAGUGAAAACUGGGGGUGCUAUUUGGAACGUAACCCAUUUGGUGAUGACUGUUCUGUCAACAUCCGCCGCAGCAGCUGUUGAGCUUGCUACGCAGCACCUGUAGCUUAUUAAAUUUCUAUUGUUUUUUAGCAAAAUGUUCUGUUCCACAAAAGCAAUUGACAUUUACAAUGAAAUGAAAUAAAAUAAAAAACAAAAUCAUUUAAACAAAAAAAAAAUAAGCAAACGUUGACCAAAACAAACGGCAAAAACAAUGUAAUUGUUGAAAUGUAAAAUGUAAAAUAAAACCCAUAAAACACGCUCAACAAUAGCCAGUGAAAUACGAGUGAGAAAAAUUAGUGGAAAAUAAAGCAAAAAAAAAGGGUACAGAUCGGCUGGAUUAAUGCGGCAUUUAAUCAUGACCCCGGCGUCGCUGUCGAUGUCAACGCCGACGCUUUCCACGCUGCAUCACCAGCGCAUGGCGCUGCAGUCGCAGUCGUCGCUGACGUCGUCGUCGCAGUCACAGUCGCCGUUAACCCCAUCGCCGUCAUCGUUUUUUGGCUCGCCCAAGUUCCCAGCGAAUUACGAGCGCAGCGAAAAAAUAAAACUCAAAAAAGUCUUGGGCCUGACUGUGUGCAGCAAUGCGGCUCUGGAUGUGUCCCCAGUCAGCGGCCUGCUGGCCUAUCCAGCUGGCUGCACCGUGGUGCUGUUCAACGCCAAGCGCCAGACACAGGCCUACUUGGUCAACACCUCCCGCAAAGCAUUCACAUCCGUGGCCUUCUCCCGCUGCGGUCGCUACGUGGCCACCGGCGAGUGUGGCAUCAAUCCGGCGAUCAAGGUCUGGGAGCUGGAGUCACCCAACGGCAGUCUGGAGCACUGCACUGGCGGCAGUGUUGUGGCAGAGUUUGUGGAUCACAAAUACGCCGUCACCUGUGUGGCCUUUUCGCCCACGGGCAAGUACCUGGUUUCGGUGGGCUCCCAGCACGAUAUGAUCGUCAAUGUGUUCGACUGGCGGGCCAACCUGAAGAUGGCCUCGAAUAAAAUCAGCUCGAAAGUGGCUGCCGUUUGCUUUGCCGAGGAUGGUAGCUACUUCGUCACUGUGGGCAAUCGCCAUGUCAAAUAUUGGUAUCUCGAAGGAGGCAGGAAGUACAAGGAUCCAAUUCCCUUGAUGGGACGCAGCGCCAUUCUGGGUGAUUUGCGGGACAACGACUUCUGUGCGGUGGCAUGUGGCAAGGGCAUCUGUGCGGAGAGCACGUACGCCAUCACCCGUCAAGGACAUCUGGUGGAGUUUAGCUCCCGCCGCCUGCUGGACAAGUGGGUGCAGUGCCGCACCACCAACGCCAACUGCCUCUGCGUCAACGAGCGCUUCAUUCUCGUGGGCUGUGCCGAGUCCAUUAUUCGGAUCUUCAACGCGGCCACGCUGGAGUAUGUGACCACUCUGCCACGCACCCACUACCUGGGCGUGGACGUGGCCCAGGGCAUUCAAAUCAAUCACAUAAUGUCGGUGCCGCAACAGGCCAAGUUUCCGGACUGUAUUGCCAUGGUUUUUGACGAGCAGCGAUCCAAGGUGAGCUGCGUCUACAACGAUCAUUCGCUGUAUAUCUGGGAUCUGCGCGACAUCUCGCGGGUGGGAAAGUCGCACUCCUUCCUCUACCACUCCACGUGCAUCUGGGGCGUGGAGACAGUGCCAUACAACGUAGAGCGGGAGCCAUCACAAACUCUGCCAGAGGAGUGCUUUGUGACCUGCUCCUCGGACGAUACGAUUCGUGUCUGGGGCCUGGAUGGCUGCACCAACAACGACAUCUAUCGGCGGAACAUCUACUCCAAGGAGCUCCUCAAAAUCGUGUACAGCGACGAGGAGCUGCAGUUCAUCAAGGACCAGGGCUCGUCGCUGUUCGACAAGAGCGGCAACUCCUCCUACGACGGCCGCAACGGAGUGCGAUGCAUCAAGAUCAGCCCGGAGCUGCAGCAUCUGGCCAGCGGAGAUCGGUGUGGCAAUAUCCGGGUGUACAGCCUGGUGAAUCUCCGCCUGCUGACCACCAUCGAGGCCCACGAGUCGGAGGUCCUCUGUCUGGAGUACUCCAACGAGAAGAUCGAAAGGAAACUACUGGCCAGUGCCAGUCGGGAUCGCUUGAUACACGUCUUCGAUGUGGCCCAGGACUACUUGCUGCUCCAGACCCUGGACGAUCACAGCUCUUCGAUCACCUCGAUCAAGUUUGUGGGUGCCGGACUGAACUUCCAGAUGAUAAGUUGCGGGGCCGACAAGUCCAUCAUGUUCCGGAGUUUUCAGGGAAACAUCUUCAUGCGGGGCACAAACACCUCUGGAAAGACGACUCUGUACGACAUGGAGGUGGACUCGAAUGCCAAACACAUUCUGACAGCCUGUCAGGACAGGAAUGUCCGGGUCUAUGGCACCCAGAAUGCCAAGCAGACGAAGACCUUCAAGGGCUCCCACUCGGACGAGGGAAGCCUCAUCAAGCUCAGCCUAGAUCCCAGUGGCAUUUACGUGGCCACCUCCUGCACGGACAAGACCCUGGCUGUCUACGACUAUUACUCCAGCGAGUGCAUGGCCAGGAUGUACGGACACAGUGAGCUGGUCACGGGCCUCAAGUUCACCAACGACUGCCGGCACCUGAUCUCGGCAAGCGGCGACGGUUGCAUCUUCAUUUGGCAGGUGCCCCACGACAUGAUCGUGACCAUGCAGGCGAGAAUGUCCCAGCAGCGCCUGCGCUCGGGGCAUGCCCCGUUGCCGAGGCCAUUGGCGCCCAUUUCGCCACCGGAGGGCAUAGUUAUGGAGUCGCCCACCAGCGAGAUCGAACAGCCUCAGUUGCAGCCAAAGUUUGGAGUCACAGAGCGCUUCUCGGAUGUGGGACAGUUGCCACAGUGGGCGAUGCGCAAGGCUGCCGGGGAUUCGGAUAGCGGAGCUCUGUCCAUCCCCACGCCCAGUGGUGGUGGCGCCAAUGCUGUUCCCGCCCUCCAUGCCGCCUCCUCGAUGGGCAACCUCAGCUCCUCGCCCAGUCAACAGAUGGCGCCGCGGGCCCGGGGCCGAUGGGCGCAGAGGAGCACCCAGCUGGAGACGGCGGACGAUCUGCGUUCGAACUCGGAAAGCCCCCUGGGCACAGUCUCGUCGGUGGGCGGACACAGUGGCGUCAAUGUCCAGACAUCCGACUACAACAGUGCCUCCUCCAAGGACAUCAUGUACAAUCAAACCUACUUGAGCGAAGACUCGUCCAUCGACUCGGGCAUGGAGACCCGCAGGGGCGAACUGAAGUUCAUUGGUAGCAGCAACAACGGAACGGUGGUCACAGUGUCUUCCGUCUCCUCGCUGGCUGUUUCAGCCUCUAAUGGUGCCAUGCCUGCUCCGGGCUCGGGAGCCGGACCUCAGCGUCUCCAGCUGCCGGAUAAAAGGGGGAAACCCGGACUGCGCUUCGAUACCCACACCCACGAUCAUGAUGGCGACGUGGAGGAUAUUUCCGAUGGCGAACGCACCAGCUCGGACCAUGGAAUGUUCUACAACAACCUGGCGCCCAGCACGCCCACAGAUUUCAAAGUAACGGCCAUGAACGAGGAGGAGCUACGCAAGUCGGUGCGCCGCCAAAAGUUCGAGAAAUCUGGCCUGCAGCUGACACCCCCGGCCCUCAGUGGCAACGGAAGCUCGCACACGGCCAGCACUGGAACCGGAACUGGCACAUCCGACACCGAGGACGAAGGCUCCACGCCCAGUGCCGAAAAUGCAGAGCGCUCGCUGGCCUCCACUCUGGGUGGCAGCUCCGAAAACCUGCCCCAGACCAGCAACAGCUUCCUGCACGCCGCUCUGCCCGAAGGCCCCGGACUGACAUCGCCCAUGGAGCGGGGCACCAGCAGUCGCCGCAGCAUCAGCGCCAAGCACAACACCGAGAAUGGCAAAGGGGUGGCUGCGCCGCCCACCAUCACCAAGUCGUAUACCAGCACCAAGAAGGAGGAGCUGCUGCAGGUCAUCAACAAGGUCAAGCAGCAGCUGGAGAAUGUAGGCCAUAGACCCCUUCGGGGAAGCCAUAGCAUAUCGGACCUGAGUCUGGCUGCCAAUUUGGAUGGCUCGAGGAAUACGGGCAGUGGUCCCGGAAGAUAUACAAAGCCAGUUGUUGCUUCCCAUGACACUCCGCAGUACAUUAGCCCCCAAAACGCAACCGCGAAUACCCAGCAGCAAUAUCCACCAGUGCAGCAGCCCCAGAAGCAACAGCAGCCGCCACAUCCCCAAAGCCAGCAGCCCCAUUAUGCCCCAACUGCCUCUCAGCAAUUUUUCAACUGCGCUGCCCCCAAAUCCAAGCUGCAACAGAAUUUCCAGACAAUGCGGCAGGUGCAACAGCACUAUCCUCCCUAUCCUCAUCACGUGGGUGUUCAUCAGAUACACCCGCCACCGGGAGUGCCAUUUGGAGGGGGAUCCUCUGCGGGAGCUAGAUACAACUCCCAACAGCAGCCACGCCAGCAACAGCAAACUACGCCAAGGGUUAAACGGAAUCCUGCCGGAAAUAAUAGGAGAACACCCAGUAUUUUAAAGCACUACAAGUCCUGUCCAGUGUCACCAGUCCACGAGGAGGUGGAGUGGUCGGCCGAGGGCAACGAAAGGGGAGCUCUUCUGGGCGAACCCAAGAGACACUCCGUCUAUGCGGACGAUGCCCGCACCAUCCUGGAUAUGAUCCAUGCCGAUACUGAAAAGAUGAUUGACGAAAUCACCCGAAAAUAUGGAGAUUUAGACGAGCCAGGAGGUCUGCCGGCUUCCUACUCCAUGCCGGCGAAUCUGAGGAACUUGGGAGGCCUGGGGUCCACGGGAGACUCCACGCCCACAAGACGCACCACCCAGUACUACGUUUACCAGGAGUUUUAUCAGUGUGAGAGGAAAGUGUCCCUCUCGGACAUCCUCCAGCCAGAGCAGUUUGCAGCCAGCCAGAGGAGAUUGGAGGAGGCCAGGUUCCUGGAGACGCAGCGACAUUCCAGUGCCAGUUUCUUCCUGACAGGACAGCAGAGUCAGGAGUCCUUGUCCCUGCUCUCUGAUGGCGAUGGAGCCGGUAGCUAUUGCAACAGCCUGGAGAGUGUGCUCUCCGACGAGAGCGACUGCCAGAGUGCUCCUUUGGAGCAUCCACAGGUGGCGCAGGUGAUCCACCAACGACAUGCCGGCAUCCGGAACUUUAUCAUCCAUGGCCCUGUUUCGAAGUCCUACGGAAACAGUCCCAAUGCCUAUGGAAGCUUUGAUUACUACAUGCGGCAGCAGCAUGCCGCUGCAACAGAUAGCUUUGAUGUCACCAGCUACAAUCUAGAGCCGCUGAAGCCCCUGCCCAGUUCGAAGACAUAUCCAAGAAUAGCUCAGGUCCAGGCCUCUGAAAAUAUACCCACUCUGCGAUCGAAAAACAAGCAAUACAACUCGGGAGUUAAUAAAUCGCUAAGCACGGACUUUGCUCAGCAGCGCCAACAACGAAACUCAAAUCCCUGCAUGCAGUCGGGAGACACUAUGUUUGUAAGAAAACAGCUCAAGCCAAAGCCUCCCGUUCCAGCAAAGCCCCAGAGUCUAAUGAGCACUUUAAGCCAAGUGGAAAAGCAGCAGAAGCACCAGCAGAAAUCCCAGUCGAGAACUGCCAGUGUGGUCCAGCAGUUCGAGCAUAAUUUGCAAAAAUUUGAAAAGGAAAAGCAGAGGGAGCGUGAGCAGCAGCGACGGCCGGCCAUGAGGAGCUCGGUGAGCAGUGGAGCUCUGGCCGGAAGUGGGUCAAGAACCCAGAGCUGCCUAAAGAAGGUAUCCAGAUUCGAUAACUCCGAGAGCAGCAGGAGAGCCACUAGUGUUCGGCAAAAGAACCGACCCAAGAUCUCAGUUCGCUUCAACACAGUCUCCCAGAUCAAGUACACGCCUAGUGCCAAACGGGAGAGGCAGGCGGCUAUCAGCCGGGAGGAAGAGCCCGAUCCGGAACCGGAAAUGGAACUAGAGGUAGGCAGUCUACCCAGCGACUACGGGGAACGUAGCUUCGAAAUGUAUUUUGCGGAGAAUGGCAAUGCCCCGGAGAACUUGGAAAAUAUGCAAUCGUUAAAGCUCUAUACGAAACCCCAACUCCAGGCAGUGGUUGAUGAGAUCCAACAAGAGAGGGAGAAGUAUAGAAAAAAUCUAGAUAAUGCUGGACGGAUUAGGGAGAAAUCGGGCAAGGGAGGAAAGGGAGACACCACCACAACCAGUCAUCAGUGCCAGAAUAUCGCCAAGAAGAUUGAUAUCAUUGAGAAACUGAUUGCCAUGGAGGAGUGCAAAAUGGAGCAGAUACGCUUGGCCACCGAGUCCCGGCUAAGACCCUUCAACUGCAACGCCAAGGAGAAGGGCUACGUGAAGAGCCUGACCAUGAACUUUGAUAUGUUGGCUCGCGGUGAGGAGCCAAUGGAGGAUGACGAACUGACCUCCGGAGAGGCGUCACACCUCUGUGCCUAUGCGAGAAAUAUGCGUAGGAACUGCAGCUUGCCGGAUGUCCUGGAGAGCACUGACUUCUCGGACAUGUACAGCAAUCAGGAUGUGGAGUUGGCCAAAGAGGUCAAGGCCGAUGACGAAAAGCUGGAUGCCGAAGCCACUGUCCAUGCUGAUGAUGAUGAGGAAGGCACCAGGACUGCUGUUGUUUUAAGGAUGGAGUCAGGCAAUCCCAAAACGCUCAAUCCCAUGCCCAUCGAGGAGUCCUCCAUACGCCGCGCCUGUUCGCUGAGCGACCUGCACAUGGGCAACUUUGGCAAGCCUGGAAAAUCGAAUGGAACUCCACAAAAACCACAGGUUCAACACCGCAAUGGCAACAUUUCCAGAUCUGCCAGCAAGCGGAACAGCCUCCAGGGUAAAACAGGUCUAGGUGCCUCCAGCAACUCUAUGAAUGUUCUUAACCAGGGUAGCGACUCAGAGCCUGAGGACAGCAAUCGCUUGCGCAGUGCCAGCAACGGACAGGGACGCAGUAAUGGUCCUAUUGCUGCCAAUCGCCAGUACAGCAACAAGAUCAACAAUGUUAACAACAAUCGUCGCAAAACGCCAAACUUUAGCAGUGCCACACCCAUGCAGGAUGACUCCAGCUCCGAGGAGACGCCCAAUAGCACUGCCAAUAACAAGCCCAUUGUGCCGCCAAGGCCAAGAAAUCUGGGCUUUGAUCACAAGAGCAAGAUCUUGAUCAACAACCUAAGUGGUAGUCCAGGCAAUGCUGGAAAACAGAGGAAUAGUGUUACUAAUCUAGAGGAUUAUGAGGGCACAGAUCCUGAGGCCCAAGUGCACAAUGUGAUUAAUAAACUUUAUACAACAACCCAAGCAGCCAUGCAGUUGCAUGCCAAUCUUAAGAAUUCGCUGCUGCUGAAGGAACUGGAGAAUGCGCUGAUCAUGUCCAGGAAUAUGCUCAGCAGCAUCCCCACCAAUAGACAAGCGGAGAAGACAAACAAUGGUGGCGGACUGGGCGGGAACAGUGGUGGACUGAACCACGAGCAGCUGAACGCUGAGAACGGAGACUAUCUGAUGAUGGUCAACAACUGUGCCGAUCUUUUGAGCAAUUUACGCACGAAGCACAAACCCGAUGACUGUGAGAAUAACUCCUAGUGUGUAGAGCUUAGGCUAGACUAAACGACUAAAUUGGAAGGCAGACUAACCAGAAACUAUUUAUUUAAUUGAAUCCCACACAAAGAACAAGAUGAAAACCACACCUAACUGAACCACAAAUUCAA